CUAGAGAACUGUCAGUUUUAUGACAGAAAAUUGGGUUAUAAAAUCGAAAUAAACAAAGGAGUUGGAUAACCAAAAUGAUUCUUUCAAGGGGUGCAGCAACCCUCAGAUCCCUGCGUAGCUUGCAGAAGAACUCCGCUCAAUUCAACCAAGCUAUUAGAAACAGCAGUCACGGUUGGAAUUAUCGUUCGGCUGGUCCUCCGGCUUCACCAUUCAUUCUACGAUUUGCAGAAGUAGCACAGGGUGUAGCUUGGUGGUGGAUUUUGUGGCACUUGUGGACUGAACCUGGUCACAUUUUUGGUGAAUUUGAGUACCCAGAUCCUUCAAAAUGGACAGAUGCGGAGCUAGGUGUUGAAUAAAUUGAUUCUAAUGUAAUUAACUAGUUGUUUAAAUAAAUUUUGGUGAUAUUUA